GCAGAGCUGAUUCGGCCGCCAACCUUGGAAGACCCUGCAGCACCCGCUCACUCAGCGGUGCAGCGCAGCAUUCCAACCCCGGCAACCCGGGCCCGAUAGCUUGCCCCCGAUAGCGCCCGCCAAAUUUCCAAUCCAACAUCAUUUUCGCGCGUCCCAACCAUCAACCAUCACCUCCUGCUGCUGCCACCGGGCUCAAUUUACAGCAACGACCCCACCGUCAAGAUGGCCGCCUUCAUUAAAGCGAUCAAUGCGAAGAUUCGCUCCAACAAGUACACCGACUACAUCUGCUCCACACAUUUCUGGGGCCCGGUGUCGAACUUCGGUAUUCCCAUCGCCGCCGUGAUGGACACACAAAAGAGCCCUGAGCUGAUCUCCGGCCCCAUGACCUUCGCCCUCUGCAUCUACUCCGCGACCUUCAUGCGGUACUCGCUGGCCGUCCAGCCCAAGAACUACCUCCUCUUCGCCUGCCACUUCAUCAACGAGGGCUCCCAGCUGACACAGGCCUACCGCUUCAUGGACUGGCACAAGUGGGGCGGCCGGGAGAAGGCCAUCUCCUCGGGCGAGCUGGUCCUGGAGAAGGCCGCGGAGGGCAUCAAGGAGGGUGCGCAGAAGGUCGAGGCCGCCGUCAGCAAGUAAACCCCCAUGCUGCUCUACUGUGUCACGUUGGGCGGGGAGCGCAUGAGGUGGAGGUGGAGGCUGCUACAUCAGUACUAGACGGAGGCCGUUUGGGAAAUCUUUGGGGCGGACCACCGCCAGCCAAGCUUGACGGACGAAGGGGACCUGUCGUGGUGCGGCCUAGGCCGCGCGAGAUGCACGAGAUGGUGGUUUGGGAGAAGGGAGGAAAUCCUUAUCACGGAGGCUGAGAGGGCGUUGUUGAUAGAUGGGCCACGGCACUUGCCUGUUUUGAAGGCACGCAACCCACUUUUGGAGGAGGCCGACUGGGCAUAGACGUGCGUCCGAGGCGUAUCGCUACUACCGUGCUGCUUUUAGAUGUCUCUCGGCGAGCAUAUCGGGUAGGGCACGUAUACAAAUCCAGCAAGGCACAACACACAAGUCUGUGCGUUUUCUUUGGCGGAACCUCUUGCGGUGGAAUGCUCGGCCUCUUGGCCACUUGGCGUUGUUUGCCGCUUGAUAUUGUUCAAACAGGACGUAACGUCUUGGCCGGGGGGUUCCAUCCGUCAGAGCGUCACUCGUUGUGGACCUUCUCCUCUCCCCAGCGUCUCACUGUCUUCUUUUUUGGGGAAAAGAUCGCAGUGACCGACGACAACACGUACCUCCCUCUUUCUUGGGUCCGCUGGGACGUGGGCGGGACCGCGGAGCGGGCUUGCGUCGCCGGGUUCGGGUCCCGAAGGUGUAUAUUCAAGCGAAAGCGCGCCCCUUGGCCCCGCGAGUCCUAUUGGUUCAGUCAGCCCAGGCCAGGCACUCUGCGGUCCAGGCGGGCGGCAUAGCAGUGAGUCUUAUGCAUGAUAUAACGUCGAGGAACUGUCGUAUCCCGUCGCGCAGGCCAAGGGCGCUUCCUCGCGGCAGUAUGCAAGUCAUCCCAUGAUUUGUGUUUUCAGCCGCCCCGGGUGAUGGGAUGGCCUUCCUGAAGCAGAUUAUAUCAGGGCCCCCUGGCAGCCUGGAGCCCGUCCCGUGUUACCCGAC